AAACAUUUUACCAUGCACUGCCUCAAGUGCAAAGUCGAUGAAGUGAACACUGAGGUAAUCACUAGCUGUGACAGUUGCAGGAGACUCAUCCACGAGCUGGUUUGUUCGAGUUUAAACUCAUUGGAAAUCCGGGUCAUUGAGCUGAAGGGCAAACGUACUUUAAAAUUGCUUUGCGAAGAUUGCCAAUUAGGAUUCCUUCAGGUUCCAUCGAUCUUAUCAGCAAUAGAUCAACUCAAGUCUGAGAUGAGGUUGCUAAGAGACGAAUUAAAUCAAAAGUCCAUCCCUCCCACCAGUAAUAACACUGGACCUUUGAAUAGUGACCUUCUUCUUGCCGAACUUCAAGAUCGCCAGAGCCAAGUAAACAAUAUUAUGGUCUACAACCUGCCAGACCAAAAUCAAGACCACAAUGAUGCUAUCAGCCUCCUUGAAUCACUAGACAUACCUGAACCUGAGGUAAAGAAUGUAGUGAGAAUUGGACUACCUAACAAAAAUGGUCGUAAGUGUCUCAAAGUAACUCUUCAUAAGCAGGAGGUUGCUGUUCGCUAUAGAUCCAAAACUCAAGGGUAA